AUGGAGUUAUUCUUGUUUGAUGACUUAUUAGUUGAUAACGAAGAGGAUGGUGAGGUUGUUGAAUUGAAGAAGUGUUCUCAUCCCUUUUUUAGUAACAUAAGUUUUAUUUCAAGACCACAUAUAGCCGAUGAUAAUGAUAAAGGAGAUGAUGACAACAGUAAAGCCCUAGUUUAUCAAUAUUGUGAUCAAAAUCAUAAAUAUGAUACAUUAGUAUCCAUCAUUGCCGUUGAUUACUCUUAUACCCACUUGAUCUGA